AUGGAUGUCAAUGUCUUUGACGUGCUACGACUAUUUCAGGCUACCCUACCGCUACUUCGCGCGGCUGCUACUCCGAAAUUUGUGACUAUUGGAUCCAGUGCUGGGUCUAUAGAGAGCAUUAACGAGGAAGAGGACCACAUCAUCGCAUUUGUGAUAGACCCAGGAUGGACCCAAACCGAUAUGGGAAACACAGCAGCGAGAUCAGUUGAUCUGGACGAAGCUCUUGUCACCGUAAAGGACUCCUGUGACGGUACCUUCGAGGUGAUUAGUGAGGCUACAAGAGAAUCAGGUGGUAAGUUGUGGACUUAUGAGGGAAAGCGAAAAGCUUGGUAAACCACGAUAACACAGAGAACGUGGCAUUCUAAAAGAGUCCCUUAGAACAGCAUGAGACCUCGGAACCAGACUUCUCG